GCAAAGGCUCACACAAGACUAGUUUCGUCGCUGCUCUCCACAAAAACAAACUUGCUGAUGAGGUCAUCGGUUUCACAAUAGUUUAUUGGAGGAGGGUCGGUCAGACAUUUUAUUACAUGGGCGUCACUCUUAGCUUAAACUCAAGGAAACGUUUUCUCUUUAAGAUCCUCGUUUCGUUUGUUCGUUCAACAAGAGGACAGUUUAUCCACGUUUCAGCACAUUGCAAGAUCAUAUCUACGGAAUCUGAACGAUGGCGCAUUAUAGCCGACAGUUAUUCGGGAGAGGGUUCGUCACCGUAUUUCUUUUUAUUUCUGCUAUGAUGAACACGGUGUAUACCGUCACCCAUUAUUCUGUUCCCGAGGAAAUGGAGGAAGGCUCAGUCGUUGCUAAUUUAGGCACUGAUCUGGGAUUAGACGUGAAGACGCUAAAGGGAAGGAAAAUGCGCGUAGACGUUGUUGGCAAUAAGAAAUAUAUUGACAUCAACAAAGACACAGGAGAGCUGUUCAUUCUGGAAAGGAUCGACAGAGAGUUGUUAUGCCCCUUGAAGACCUAUACAUCAUGCUUUCUUAAAUUAGACGCUACGAUUGAAAACCCUAUACGAAUGUUUAAUAUCGAGGUGGAAAUCACGGAUAUUAACGACAACGCUCCUCAUUUUCGACGAGGAACGAUGCAUUUGGACAUCUCUGAAUCAAGCCCUGUUGGAGAGAGAUUCUCAUUGAAUAAUGCUGCAGACCCGGAUGUUGGAACAAAUUCUGUGAAAAAUUACCACCUGAGCUCAAGUGAACAUUUUGCACUUGAAAUUCAGACCGGGAGAGAUGGGUCAAAGUUUGCAGAUUUGAUUCUGAAAAAAGCUUUAGAUAGAGAGCAGCAGGCUGUUCAUGAUCUAAUGCUCACUGCUGUGGACGGUGGAGUGCCCACGCGCACAGGUACAGCCAGCAUCAUUGUUCGCGUGCUUGAUGUGAACGACAACACCCCUUCAUUUGACAAAGACAAAUACAUCAUAGAUGUGAUGGAGAACUCUCCGAUUGGCAGUCUAGUAAUGAAACUAAACGCCACUGAUUUAGAUGAAGGGUCAAAUUCUGACAUUGUUUAUUCAUAUAGCUUAUAUACACCAGAGAAAACACAACAGGUGUUUAGCUUGAAUCCAGAAAAUGGUGAAAUCAGAGUAAAAGAGAUGAUAAAUUAUGAAGAUUUUAAGAUUUAUGAAAUGGAAGUUAUUGCCGGUGAUAAAGGGCCUAACUCCUUAUCUGGACAGUGUAAACUGACAAUACAGGUAACAGAUAUGAAUGACAACCAUCCAGAAAUAUCAAUCAAAUCAUUUCAGAGUCCAAUAAAAGAAAAUGAAGUGAUAGACACAGUGAUAGCUGUAAUUAGUGUCAGUGAUAAAGACUCAGGUGACAAUGGAGUGGUUGAUCUUCAUAUUCCAGAUAACAUGCCUUUCAAACUGAGGGAAUCCUCUGAUAACUAUUAUGAAUUAGUCGUGUCAGAGCCGUUAGACCGUGAGAAGGUUCCAGAAUAUGACAUCACCUUCACUGUGACAGACAGAGGUUCUCCUCCUUUAUCUGACAAUGAAACUAUGACGUUAGAACUGCUGGAUGUGAAUGACAAUGUUCCACAGUUCCCUCUGUCAUUUUAUACUAUACGUGUGAUGGAGAAUAACGCACCUGGAGCCCUGCUCAGUUCCCUCACUGCGUUUGACCCUGACCUCCAUGAAAACCAGUAUCUAGUUUACUUCAUCCUGGAGAAGGAGAUAGCCAACACCUCCAUGUCCAUGCUGUUCUCCAUCAAUCCAGAGAACGGUAAUCUUUACGCACUAAAAACUUUUGACUAUGAGAUCGAGAAUGAGUUUCUUUUCCACAUCGAGGCCAGAGACUCUGGCUCUCCUCCACUCAGCAGUAACGUGACGGUCCACAUCAUCAUAGUGGAUCAGAACGACAACGCUCCGGUGAUUGUCUCUCCGUGGCGCGCGCACGGCUCGGUGGUGGAGGAAAAGAUCCCCAGAUCCACCGAUAAAGGCUCUCUGGUUUCCAAGGUGAUAGCCUUAGACACAGACUCGGUGCACAACUCUCGGAUUACCUACCAGUUUCUCCAGGUGACUGACGCCACCUUGUUCAGUCUGGACCAAUACAACGGAGAGAUCCGGACUAUGAGGAUGUUCAGCUACAGAGACCCGCGCCACCAGCGACUGGUUGUUGUUGCCAAAGACAACGGGGAGCCCGCUCUCUCUGCUACAGUCACCAUCAAGCUGUCCACAGUGGAGACUGCCGUGAAGGCCUACUCUGACAUGACUGAGGUGCCUCUAGAAUAUGACAUCUUUUCAGACCUAAACCUGUAUCUGGUCAUCGGUCUGGGCUCGGUGUCAUUUCUCCUGCUGAUCACCAUACUGGUCACCAUCGUGCUCAAGUGUCAGAAACCCAAGCACAGCAAAGCGGCUGCUCCCUGCAGGAACAGUGUGAUCAGUGACAGGAACUCCUCCAUCGCAGAUUCCACUCUGGUGUCCAACGAUGCCUACUGGUACAGUCUGUUUCUAGCAGAGACCAGGAAAGGGAAGAUGGUGGUGAGACAGCCUGUGCCAAAGGGCUCCAGAUACAUCGUGUCCAGUUUACCAAGAGGCACAGGACUGACAGACACUAGUGACUCAGCAGCCUCCACCCUGCAGGCAUCCACCAGCAGCGGCACCAGCUCCACAUAAGGCCAAACCUCCAGCUGUGUAUUGGAUUGACGCUGAGGAAAGGAGAAAGCCCCUGCCCCUCCGUCCAUCCUGCCCCGUCUGAUCUUUGUUCAAUGUGCAGUCGUCAUUUGAAAAAAACAAAAUGGACUGUGGUGGCUAAUUAAGGACACAGCCCUCCCCCUCUCUUUCUUUAAGCACAUGGAAAGCCAAUCAACAAUGCCUCUCUGUCCAUUUGAUACGCAUUAUAAGACUGCAUGGCUUCAACCACACUCCGAGAUCAUACAAAAUAAUUCGAAAAGGAGACACUUUCAAAGAAGAAGACUGUAUGACACAUUACAACAGUGGAUAUUUAAAGAAGCCUCGACAAGGACUAUUUGAGUGGACAUGGGAAUGUUGAAAUGCCUUUAAGAGACUGAUGAAAAUGAAACACAUGUUGGAUAUUACAUUAUUAACCUCUGUGCUUUGUCUUGUUCCAUAACAGCAUUGAUGUAUAAUAUACAAGUUAACUAAGAAGUGAUACAGCACAAUUAACUAAGUGUCAGAAAAGCACCAAACUAAGAUUUAAAGUAUGAAAUGAAAGCGAAUCAGUAUUUUAUAGAUGUAGUAGCUUUUAGCAGUUUUAUGUUUUGUACUUGACUUUGUGCUUUAUAUGUGAGCUAGGCCAAAAUAUAUGAAUGAUAGUGCUGAGAGAUUAAGUUAAGUUAACCAGUACAUUAAACAGAUAAAAGUAAAGCCUUCAGCCAUUAUGUAUCUGCCUUUCAGUUGUUUUUGCAUGUGAUCAUCAGAGCACUUAGAUAGUUUCAGAUAUUUUAUGAUAUUGAGCAAUCCAUUUUCUGUAGUCAUACCUCACAGUUUAGUAUUUGUUAUGUUCACUUGGAUGUUAUUAGAUAAUAAGAGCCUAAAGGAUUGAACAAACACAAGUGAAUGCAGUGAGUCUUUGAGAAUGGAUUGAUUAAUAUCUCCUUAUAACUAUUGUGUAUAUACAUCACACAUGUGACCAUGUAUUUUCACUGUUUCUUUU